AUGGAGCUUGGGUCGAGCCACCUCCGCACUCACGUCGCUGAUUUCGCCGGCAAAGAGAAAGGAGAGAUGAGCAUCGGGGACACAGUUCUGGAUGCGGCCUCUCCACCUGUGGCGUCGCCCGAGGGAGACGGCGACAAGCAGCGGGUGGAGGAGAUGGACUUCUUCUCCGUGGAGAAGAGAUGCAAAGCGAGAGCGCCGCCGCUGGAGGAGCUCGACCACAAAAAGGAGCUUGCCCACUCAGUCAACGUGGGUAAACGGAGGAAUUCGAUCGCCGUUUAACUGCUUGUCGGCCUUUGAGUUUAGCUGAUGUUCCCUUCAUAGUUUAUUUACAGAUUGGAUUGCACCUCCAAACCGGGGGAACAGGCGGCGAUGAGUCGACGGUGGAGAACGGGAUGCCCAUGAGCGAGGAGAAGGAAGGGAAGGGAGAGGUGCGAGAAAGGGCUGGAUAAUACGGGAAUCACAUCGGAAGAAGAAGCCUGAUUCCAUUCGAAGCUGAACGAGGGUCCUCAUCGUGUGGUUCUCAGGUGGUUGAGAUUCAGUCGGCGUUGGCGAGGAUGAACGAGGAGAACCGGUUGCUGAGGGAGGUGCUGAUUCGCGUCGCCGCUGACUACAACGCCCUGGAGAUGCAAAUCGUUCAGCUAUCACAGCAGCGGCGCCGCCACGGCCAUGAGAUUCCCCAGGAAGACGAGGUGGAUAAAUCAGAAUUGGACCAAAAAAUAUUGACAACUUUAUACUUUAAGCGUAUUAAACAAGAUGAAAUAGGGUUUUCACGCUUAUUUCAUACCCUUCGUUAUUAUAUUUUUUGCAAGAUAUUAAAACUAUGUUAUAGACUGUAACUAAGCAUCUAGCAUGUUGAAUCAACUGUAAAUUUACUGUAGAUUACUGCCAGAGAAGACUGAUCUCAGGUUUUCUAUGUCUGGUACAGGCGGUGGAGCGGAAGAGCUACAACGGCAGGGUUCCUCCCAUCGUGCCGAGUCGGUUCAUUGACCUCAGCCCAGCCGGUGUCGCCCCCACCAGCGGCGACGAGGCAUCGUACUCGUCAACGGACAUGGGGACUCCGGCGAACGGUGGCGUUCCGUCCAACAAUGUCGAGGUCCUCUCCACGAGCUACUACCGACAGAAAAGCGUCUCGAGCAGGAUUAUCAAUCCAAAAAUUGUAACCGUUGACCAGGGAAAACAGCCGGGUGAGGUCGACGCCAUCGGCAGGGAAGACAGCGCCAGGAGGGAAUCACAGGGCCUCUCCAGGAGCAGCAUCACCGAGCAGCUGCCGGAGGCGACCAUGAGGAAGGCCCGCGUUUCCGUGCGAGCUCGAUCAGAAGCUCCAAUGGUAAGAACAUUUUGAGGAGACGCCUCCUGUCUUCUGCAACCCACCCUACAUAACUUCAUUUCCUCGCCCGCAGAUCAGUGACGGAUGCCAAUGGAGGAAGUACGGGCAGAAGAUGGCGAAGGGCAACCCUUGUCCUCGCGCUUACUAUCGCUGCACCAUGGCCAGUGGAUGUCCGGUCCGAAAACAGGUAAUACCAUUGUCACGGAGGAUUGGCUUCAAGGUCUUACGCUUCUUAGAUUACUGCCGUGAAAAGUUUUUAUUUCAAUGAUCAGGUACAGAGGUGUGCCGAAGACCGUUCGAUCCUUACGACCACGUACGAGGGCAACCACAACCACCCGCUGCCGCCGCCGGCUAUGGCGAUGGCGUCUACAACCUCCGCUGCCGCGUCGAUUCUGCUGUCGGGGUCAAUGCCGAGUGGGGACGGACUGAUGGGCGGCAACUUCCUGACGAGGACGCUAAUGCCAUUCUCCUCCGGCAUGGCCUCCAUCUCCGCCUCAGCUCCCUUUCCUACCGUGACCCUCGACCUCACCCACGCUCCCUCCUCCAAUCACUUCCAGCGGGCACUACUUCCCUCUGUUGCUGCAGCGACCGCAGCCAACUUCAAUGUUUCCCUUGCAGGCGCUGCCGCGCCGCCGCAAAUCUUCGGGAAGGCACUCUACAAUCAAACAAAUCUGCCGCAGCAUCAGCCUGCUUCCUUCAACGACAGGGUGACAGCCGCCAUCACGUCGGAUCCCAACUUCACGGCCGCGGUCGCUGCAGCAAUCACCUCCAUCAUCGGCGGCGCCGCCACCCCGAGCAACGCGUUCGGCGGUCCCUGA